AGGUUACGAGGAGGGGCGCCAGACGCACGAGGAUGAUAACCUCGACGUGUGCGUAGACAUCUGGAAGAAGCACGAUCCAAAUUGCACGAUGAAGAUCCCGCUCGGAGAGGCCAUGCUGUUCAUCAAUGAGGUCGAGGCGAAGCUCCUCCAGCGGCGCAACGAGGCAGCCACCAAGGCGCAAGACAAGUGGAGGCGCAAGGUGUCCCAGCUGGCGAAGGCCGACAGCGUCGGGGGCCUGGUCAACGACGUGAAACUCAAAGAGUCGAGGCGAAAGUGGUGCCUGGCGCUCACUGCGGACGACGAGGUCACCUUCCACAGCGCGGCGAAGAUGGUCCUUCGGCUAAACCUGGUGGAGGAGGAGGAGAACCCAGAGGAGGCGCUCGAGAAGCUUGACGUCAGCGAGGCAGUGGCGUCGAAGAAGGACCGUGAGAUUUCGGAUCUCGAGAACCUCCGGUACGGCGACAGCGGCGUCAAGGACUUCGUCCAGACCAUCGCCGCGAUGAAAGUGCAGAGGAAGUUCAGGGAAUCGCGGCGGAGGCGGCGCUCCGCGGACGCGGAGGUUCGCGUGGCGGAUGCGGACGCGCCAGACUCCAGCAGUCGCCCGGACCCGCUGGACCAGGCCGCGGGUGCGCCGAGGUGAGGCUCGGGCGCCGUCCUGCUGGCCCCCUGGGCCCUGCCCCAUGGAGGAGGGAGAAGGGUGGAGAUGGGCGGGAAGGAUGGGCAGGAAUUGAGAGAGCUGGGCCAGGAACGCUCAGCGCCAAUUCUCCGCUGUCUGUCGGCCAUGGCUUCGUACGCCACCGGCCCCUUGGAAAGGCGCUGCUGCUGGAGUCUCACCCUAGCGCGGCGGCCUGGUCGCUCGCCUCGGCCGUCGCCUUGAAUAGAGAAGGCCAGCGUGGCCGCACCAGCGGUUUCAGUUUCACUGUGUGCCCGCGCAGCGGGGCGGCGUGGGCAGACCCCGCCGCAGGCUUUCGGGUUGGCGCGGGGCGCAUCUCGCCAGGCGGGCCUUCGCCCAUCUUUCUCGCCUCCCCCCUCGGAGGGCACCAACCAUACACCAACACCGAUCCUGGGCCCAGGGUGAUCCUGGCCAGGAUCGGUCUUGGUGUAUGGUUGGGGCUCCCCUACCCCCAUUUCCUUCCCUGCCCUCGCUCCCCCUUCCCCCCUUUUCCUUUGGCGGUACGGUAGGUCGCGUCGUGCCUGCCUCGGCAGUGGCCCUUCCGCAGGCGUUCAAGGUUCAACGCCGCCAGCGGCCCAAAGUCGGCC